ACCCUAACCCCUACACUCUAGGUUGAAACCCCCUACGCUCUAGGUUGAACCCUAACCCCUACACUCUAGGUUGAACCCUAACCCCUACACUCUAGGUUGAAACCCCUACACUCUAGGUUGAACCCCCUACACUCUAGGUUGAACCCCCUAGACUCUAGGUUGAACCCCCCUACACUCUAGGUUGAACCCUAACCCCUACACUCUAGGUUGAACCCUAACCCCUACACACUAGGUUGUAACCCCAUACACUCUAGGUUGAACCCCCUACACUCUAGGUUGAACUCCCCUACACUCUAGGUUGAACUCCCCUACACUCUAGGUUGUAACCCCCUACACUCUAGGUUGAACCUCCUACACUCUAGGUUGAACCCUAACCCCCUACACCCUAGGUUGAACCCUAACCCCCUACACCCUAGAUUUGGAGUGGGGGCCAGGGAUCGGUUUGUAAUUUGAAAACUGUCUGUCGAUCAUUAAUGUACUGCAGCUCACCCCAACUUCUCCCCUCAGACACCCAGGGCCUGUAUCUGUUUCACAUCAAAGCUGCUCCAUAGCAGAGCACAGAUCUGGGAUCAGUUUACCCCUAACCCUGUGAUGUGUCUCAAGUGACACCCUAUUCCCUAUACAGUGCACUACUUUUCACCAGGUUUCAUAGGGCUGUGGUCAGAGGUAGUGCGCGAUAUAGGGAAUAAGGUGUCACUCCGGAGAGGAAACUGUCUUAGGAUCUGUUUUUUUUUUUUUUACUCCAAGGUUCCUGGACUGUGUGUGUGUUCUAUGUACUAAGUUGUAUUUCUACAAUGAACUGAUCUACGGUGCGUGGAUCUAUGUAAAGCCAAAGAACAUUCGUAACCUGUCUGUGUCUGGACACUGUCUGUACAUCUGUCUCUGUCCGUACAGUUAGUCCCGUUGUGAAAUAUCUUGUUUUAUUGUGUAUCUGUCUGUAUGGCAGAAAUUAACUUAGUUAUCCCAAUUUCCCUCAAUCGUCCAAUCUAUAAUGUGGAGUUAAAUGUAUUGGGUUUUAAAUCAACUUCUGGAGAAACAGUGCCUGAAGGUGACUUGUACUCAGAUCUGGUCGAAGAGGGUAAAUACACAAUAGGAAUAGUUCAUCCCCAAAAAAUCCAAGAUGGUGACCCACUCUAAAUCCAAGAUGGUGACCCACUCUAAAUCCAAGAUGGUGACCCACUCUAAAUCCAAGAUGGUGACCCACUCUAAAUCCAAGAUGGUGACCCACUCUAAAUCCAAGAUGGUGACCCACUCUAAAUCCAAGAUGGUGACCCACUCUAAAUCCAAGAUGGUGACCCACUCUAAAUCCAAGAUGGUGACCCACUCUAAAUCCAAGAUGGUGACCCACUCUAAAUCCAAGAUGGUGACCCACUCUAAAUCCAAGAUGGUGACCCACUCUAAAUCCAAGAUGGUGACCCACUCUAAAUCCAAGAUGGUGACCCACUCUAAAUCCAAGAUGGUGACCCACUCUAAAUCCAAGAUGGUGACCCACUCUAAAUCCAAGAUGGUGACCCACUCUAAAUCCAAGAUGGUGACCCACUCUAAAUCCAAGAUAGUGACCCACUCUAAAUUCCAGAUGGUGGUCCCACUAUCUCCCCCUCUGAAUUAUAACGUUUUAGAUGAGAAAAUGUUGUUUCAUGCGACAAUAUCUGUCCAAUAAAUCGGCAAGCAUGUUCUCAUUUUAUAUAAAAUAUAUUUUACGAUUAUACGUUGGAUUAUACCUGAUUUUAGUUGUAAACUACAUUGCCCCUUCUGAAUGGUAUUUAAUGCUGUGUUAUUAUUGGAAGUAUUGGGGG